CUGGCGUGCCCUCCUCCUCCCUCCCCACUCCCUCCACGCUGCCCAACGCUCGACGCUCAACGCUCAGUGCUCUCCUCUCAUCCUCGUCUCCGUCUUUCUCACUCGCUCACUCUCAUCCACAUCCUCACCAUGGCCGCCGUCGCUCCCCCCGUCCCCGUCCCAGCAGACGACAUCGUCGCCUCUUCCUAUGUCGGCUUCGACUCUAUCACGCGCCAGAUCGAGCACAAGCUCCUGAAGCGCGGCUUCCAGUUCAACGUCAUGGUCGUCGGCCAGACGGGUCUCGGCAAGUCGACCCUCGUCAACACUCUCUUCGCGUCGCACCUCGUCGACUCUAAGGGCCGCACUGAGCCGGACCUCGGCUCGCGCGCCACCACUGAGAUCCACGUCAAGAGCCAAGCUAUCGUUGAGAACGGCGUCCGCCUCAAGCUCAACAUCAUCGACACCCCGGGCUACGGGGACCUUGUCAACAACGACAACUGCUGGGAGCCGAUCAUCAAGUACAUCAAGGACCAGCACUCGGCAUACCUCCGCAAGGAGCUCACCGCUAUGCGCGAGCGCUUCAUUCCCGACACGCGCAUCCACUGCUGUGUUUUCUUCAUCUCGCCCACAGGCCACACCCUGAAGCCUAUUGACAUCACCGUGUUGAAGAAGCUUUCGGAGAUUGUCAACGUCGUCCCAGUCAUCGCCAAGUCGGACUCGCUCACGCUUGAGGAGCGCGCGCUCUUCAAGCAGCGCAUUAUGGCUGAGCUUCAGUACCACCAGAUCCGCCUGUACCCGUUCGACGGCGACGAGCUCGACCCCGAGGAGCUCGAGCUCAACGAGCGCGUGCGCGACAUGCUCCCCUUUGCCGUUGUCGGCAGCGAGCGUAACGUUGUGAUCGACGGCAAGCCCGUGCGGGGGCGUCUGCAUCGGUGGGGUGUUGUCAACGUCGAGGAUGAGAACCACUGCGAGUUUGUCUACCUGCGCAACUUCCUCACGCGCACCCACCUCCAGGACCUCAUCGAGACCACGUCCCAGAUCCACUACGAGACCUUCCGCUCCAAGCAGCUGCUUGCGCUCAAGGAGUCGUCGGCCCGCCAGGCCCAGCAGACCCCCACCCCGGGUGUCGCCUAGGCGUAGUAGAAGGAGGAGCGCGGUUUAAUUGUUCGGGCCGCGGAAAACGUAUUCUAGUAACUAUUCGAGACACCCGGCGUGGAAUACCAGUUUGUGUGAUGCACUUAUGACCUGAUG